AUGCGUGUCUUGAUCGAGUUUAUAUUUAUCUCGACAUUUCUUAUUAUUUCACAAGUUUCAAGUCAAAAUCAAUUUAAUUCCUCAAUAACCUGUUAUACGAGAUAUGAAUCUGAAGAUACUAUACUUAAAGGAUCAAAUACUGUGAUUGGUCAUCAAUAUCAUCAAACUGAAACUACACGAUAUGAAGUAGCUAACGAACCAUGUUCCAAAAUCGGUUGUGCUUGUUUUAGUUAUCAAAGUGCAUGUAGUAGUUUAUCACGAGGAUCUAAUCAUGUUUCGCGAUGUACCGAUAUUGAUCGACAAAAUGGAACAAUAAAGUGGCAUCACGGAUGGACAUCGUAUGCUAAAUGUGAAGAAAUGAUGCGUCAACCACAAAUAUAUCACAGUUUAACAUGUUGCUAUACAGAUCGUUGCAAUAAUCAACCUGGAAAGACUAUAACAAUUGUUGACAUGCCAAACGUAUUUCCAAUUCAACCAGUUUAUGGUCAUGCACCACCGCAAUCAGUGCCUGACUCGCAUACAUCACCACAACAGUACGAAACUAAUAAUUACCCAUCGCAACAAUCAUUACCUGACUCGCAUAGAUCAGAGCACUAUGAUCCUUACGGAUAUCCAUGGCGACAACCAUUGCCUGUUCAACAUAAUCCACCACAACAACAUGAUACUUAUGAUCAUGCACCACAACAACCGUCGUUUGUUACACAUAAACCACCACCACCACAGCCACAGCAACAAUAUGACACUAAUACUCAACCAUCUCCGCAACGAUCGCCUGUGUCAAAUACACCACCACAAGAACUUAUAAUUUGCACUCAUCCAACUACAUUAUCAACGCGUAUUUCGCGUAAGACAUCAUCACGAUUAACCACUCAUACACGCUUGCCUGAUCAAAGAAAACGAAAAAUAGUGGCUUGGGGUACGAAUCUUCUCUUCUUUAUGGCGACGAUUGGCUUAGCCAUUUUCGGAAGUAUAUUUUAUCGUUCUAUAUCACGGGUUUCGUCACCAAUAUUACACGCAGAAAAAAAAAUUGUUAAAUCAAUUCAAAUGAAUAAACCAUCUGCAAUUAUUCCAGCAUCUGAUAAACAUACUGCUAGUUUAAUUUUUUUCCAUGGUCUUGGUGAUGUUGGAGAAAGUUGGCUUCAGGCAUUCAAAUUUUACAAAAUUCCAAAAGAUAUGCAACAUGUGAAAUUUAUAUUUCCAACAGCUCCUAUUCGAAAGAUAACAUUGAAUAAUGGAUACCCAAUGACUGGUUGGUUCGAUGCAUUUGGUCUUAAUCGAAGUGCAAAAGAAGAUCAAGAAGGGAUAUUAGAAUCAUCAAAAUAUUUCAAUGAUCUAAUCCAAGAUGAAAUCGAUAAAGGAAUUCCUGCAGAACGUAUAAUAAUUGGUGGUUUUUCACAAGGUGGUGCAGCUGCUCUUCAUGCGACAUUAACAACUCCUCAUGUACUAGCCGGUGUUUUAGCUCUAUCAACAUGGCUUCCAUUAUCAUCGACUUUUCCACAAGCACUUGUAUCUGGUGAUAAAAAAGUGAAUUUACCAAUUCUUCAAUGUCAUGGAAAUAAAGAUCCAGUCGUUGAAAUGCGAUGGGGUCAGAUGACAGAAGAACUUUUUAAAUCAAUGGGAUUUAAACAAUAUAAAUUUAAAGAAUAUCAAGGAAUGGUGCAUACAUCAAAUGAUGAAGAAAUCAAAGAUGUUGUCGCAUUCAUCAAUCAACAUCUACCUAAGACAAAUACAUAA